GGAGUUAUUACCCUUGAUGACUUCGAGUUCCCACACCCAUUAUCUAUUCGGCGAGCCCAUAGUCAUUUAUUCAGCUUGGUCUUAGGUGCCAUUCGCACUCUCCCAGACGGGCACUUAUCCACCUUGAACACCUCGAUCACCGCAAGCUUGGCUCGCUGCGACAUACGCCGCUUAUUGUCGAAAUCUAACAACACGACCGUCCUCUGUACUGUCUGACCGGUACAUUACAGGCACAAUGGGUCGCACAUACAGAAUCUAUUUGGCAGGAGAGUCUGUACUGAUGUGCAGACAUUGCGGGAAUCAUCUAGCCGUUAGUGAAGGUAUCAUCUCAAAGCAAUUCACUGGCCAGCAUGGUCGGGCUAUCCUAGUCCACACAGUAGUAAACACAUACAGCGGUGAGACCGAAGAUAGAGAGAUGCGCACUGGAAAGCACACCGUGAGAGACGUCUACUGUCGCGUUUGCCAUAGCACCCUUGGCUGGAAAUAUGAUUUUGCCUCUGAACAUGAUCAGAAAUACAAGGAAGGCAAAUAUAUUCUCGAGCGAGAAAUGAUCACUGAGAAGCCAGAACGCCAUGACAUUAUCAACGGGAAACCGCAUAUUGAGGAGAUACCUGUCCGCGAAAUUCUCGCUUAAAACUUUUCAACCUAAUCACCUUUCGACUGAUUAAAGAACUAUCAGUUCUCGACUUUUACUUCUCAUCACCCUCAACCGUGGCCUAUCCUACAUCGGCCUUGGCGUUAACCGUCUUCGACAGCUGUUCGUCGCUGUGAAUUUAUUCAAUGGUGUUGUUGCCAUUUCGAUUUUCCUGUUGCCUUUUGUGUAUAUGUAUUUGCUAUUUCUGACUGCCUUUUACGAUGUUCCCUUUUGUAUUUUGUUUAUUUUUAUGCCAUUGAACGUUAUC